GGGCCGCGCGUGCGGGACGGCGGCGCGAUGGCGCGAGGCGGCUGUGCCGCUAUUUAGGGGCAGGGGCCGCGGGGCACGGGCGGCGGCGCCGGAAAUUCUGUGCAGCAUGUUUUCUAGGUGGAACUGGGUGGCCUGUGGCUUCUAUCUGGUGUUGAAUAUUUGUUCUCCUGACGCUUCAGGUGGACUCGUGCAGUCAUGUGGUCACAUCAUCCCGGAGUCACCUGUCCUGGCCCUUGGUUCCAAUUUCACAGCAUUAUGCAUUCUGAAUGAGAGUUGUCUUGACUUUGGCAAUAUCUAUGCCAGUCAGAUUAUCUGGAAGAUUAAAAAUAGACUGGUACCUAAAGAACAGUAUCGUGAAAUAAACAGAACAGUUUCCAGUGUCACAUUCAAUGACACUUCUUCACUAGCUACUCCUCUGACGUGCAACAUUUUAGCAGAUGGACAGAUUGAACAGAACAUUUAUGGAAUUACAGUUACAGUAGGCUUGGCUCCAGAGAAGCCCAAGAACUUAAGUUGCAUUGUGCAUCAGGUAUCAAGAUUCACAUACGUUAUGACUUGUACCUGGAACCCUGGAAGGCAUACAUUCCUGGAUACUCAGUUCAGGUUGAAAUACCGCUGGCCAGAAGCGGUCUUUCCUGACUGUAUCCCAAAAGAUGUUAACAAUUCUUGCACCGUUAAUGAUAUUCAGUUCUUUGUUAAUACGGAGAUCUGGGUGGAAGCUACAAAUGCACUUGGGAAGGCUGAAUCUGAUCGUCUUGUUGUGGAUCCCAUUGACAUUGUUAAACCACUGUCUCCACAAAAUGUAUCAAUCACCUCAGGAUUACUACCUACUGUUCUGCAGCUUAGCUGGGAGAAUUGGAUUUCAGACGCUGUGAUGACACUGAAAUUCAAUAUUCGCUACAGAAUUGCUGGUGACACAAACUGGAUGGAGGUUCCUCCUGAAGAUACAGCUUCCCCAAGAACUUCAUUCAGUAUUCAGGGUCUCAGACCCUACACUGAGUAUGUAUUUUCCAUUCGUUGCAUGAAGGAAGAUGGAGCAGGCUACUGGAGUGACUGGAGUGAAGACAAGACUGGGGUUACCAUUGAAGAUCAGCCAUCUAAAGGACCACCCAUAUGGAGGAUCAUUGAUACAUCUCAGUCACCAGCCUGCUGGACUGUGCAUCUAAUAUGGAAGGCACUGAAGCCAUAUGAAGCCAAUGGAGUAAUCUUACAAUAUGAAUUGACUGUCAGAGAUAAAUCAUCUCUUUCCAGUCCAGUGAAGAAAUACAAUGUUACUGGCACCAACCAUACCUUACAGCUGCGAGAAGGAACUUACGAAGUGACCCUGAUUGCCCGUAACAGUGUUGGGCCGUCUCCUCCUUCAGUUUUACUUAUCCCAGCAAGUAAUUCAAAAGCUCCUGUGAAGAAUCUUAGAACAUUACCUAAACAUGACAAGUUGUGGGUAGGAUGGACUGCUCCUAACAAUUAUGUUCUUAAAUAUGUGAUCGAAUGGUGUCUGGUGUCCAGCAGCUCGGACUGCACCAUAGAAUGGCAGAUUGCACAAGGAGAUGUUCAAGGAAUUGACUUAAAAGGUAUAAAGCCUUUCAAGUGUUACUUGAUAACUGUGUACCCUCUGUAUGCUGAUGGUCAGGGAAGUGGGCAGUCUGUGAAGGCUUAUCUUAAGCAAGAUCGCCCUUCAAAAGGACCUACAGUUCAGACAAAAAAAGUAGGAAAAGCUGAAGCUGUUUUGACAUGGAACCAUCUCACAGUUGAGGAACAAAAUGGAUUUAUCCGAAAUUACACCAUACUUUACAAAACUAUUGAUGGAAAUGAAACAGUUGUGACAGUGGAUCCUUCCAAGACAGAGUACACCCUUUCCUCUCUAACCAGUGACACACUGUAUACUGUGCGGAUGAUGGCAUCCACAGAUAAUGGAAGCAGGACUGGUCCUGAUUUCACAUUUACUACACAAAAAUUUGGAAAAGGAGAAAUUGAAGCCAUAGUUGUACCUGUGUGUCUAGCAUUCCUGUUGAUUGUGCUCCUUGGAGUUCUGUUUUGCUUCAACAAACGUGACCUAAUUAAGAAACAUAUCUGGCCUAUAGUACCUGAUCCAUCCAAAAGUAACAUUGCUCAGUGGUCUCCUCAAGUUCCAGCUAAGCAUAACAUCAGUUCCAAAGAUCAGAUGUACCCAGAAGGCAGCUUUACAGAUGUAAGCGUUGUAGAAAUAGAAGCUGAUGACAAGAAGUCUUUUUCAGAUCAAGAUCUAAAACCCUUUGACUUGCUUAAAAAAGAGAAAAGUACUUCAGAAGGACACAGCAGUGGUAUUGGAGGAUCCUCGUGCAUGUCUUCUCCUAGGCAAAGUGUCUCUGACAGCGACGAAGGUGAAACAACACAGAACACUUCAAGCACUGUACAGUAUUCAACUGUGGUGCUUAAUGGCUACAGAGACCAGACACCUGUGCAAGUCUUUUCAAGGUCUGAGUCAACUCAGCCCCUGCUAGAUUCAGAAGAGAGAUCAGAGGAUCAUGCUGGAGGAGCUGACAGUACAGCACAGAGGCAGCAGUAUUUCAGACAAAAUGGUGGUCAGGAUGAAACCAACACAGACAGGCCAUGCUUUGAAAGAACAAAGCAGAUUACUCAUGCUAGUGAGGGAGAUCUUGUUGGAUUUGUUCAACUGCAGAUCUCAGGUCAGAGUUCACAGCCAUUGGGACUUGGGAUGGAAAAAAAUACCCAGGAAGCUGCUGUAUCAAAUGUUUUACAGACAUGUACUGAAGGACAAACUGUGAGACCUGAAACAGUGGAAGAAAAUCCACUUUCAGUUGAUGAAAUGCCAAAAAGUUAUCUCCCACAGACUGUGAGACAAGGGGGCUAUAUGCCUCAGUGAGAGAAAAGACUGGCUCUGUUUAGGCCUUCCUUAGUGCCUGUUCACAUUUUCCCCUGUGUUUCUGAUAAAGUAAGCUAGGUAUUUUUAUCUUACUGCAGAUAGAAAAACUGAAAUUAAGCAAAGAGAAAAAUACACAAAUUGACAAGAUACAAUAAGGACUGUUUUUAUGGAAAAUUUCCAGUCCAGACCUACUGGAGAUUUACUUUCAUGCACUACAUAAAACCUUACAUCUGGAUAGCUGAACAAGCCUUUGUGCUACAUUGGGCAUUUUGUAUCUCUUCAUAACAAAAUUUCACACGAUUGAAAAGGUCAAGUUUUAAAUAUCCACAUCAGCCAAUAGACCUCCCAGAAGAAACACUUUGAUGCGUGGCAGCCUAAAAAGCCAGCUCUAGUUGCACAGUGUAGCUUUGUGCAAAAGUAAGACUGAAGCUCAGUAUUCUGAUGUGGAAGAAUACUUGUGUGAUACACCUUUCAGUGACUUAAUUGACUUACUGAAUUGUGACUUGGCCCAGUGCCUCAAUUUUCAGCUUACCAGACCUGCAAUUCAUGUUUGAAACCCAUAAAAAUUAAAUGGAACUUGCUACAUUGUACAAAUAGGAAAACACCAAGAUCACUUGAAUCUGAAUGCUACUAUAGUAACUGAUACUUUACCUACAUUUAGAUAUGUGUACGCAUGAACUAUGGAGUAAUUUGGCCCAAAAAAUGUGCCUUGCAACUUGACGCACAGCAAUUCAGUCUCAUUUGAAAAUUUGGAAAUCAGAUGACAACACAGAUCAGCAGCUAUUUAAAGGCUUUGUACCCCAGUCACUCUUUGAUUAUAUGAGACUUCUGUCAUCAUACUUGCCUUUGUUUAAUAAGUGCACCUUUGAUGUGUACAGCUCAAGUAACAAGCUGUAAGUUUUUACCAUUUUACUCAGUGCUCAAGAGAAAGGAAGUAUGACCUUCUUCCUGACAGACUGCAGCUAUUAGUGUGCUGUAAUCUCACUGCUAAUACUGCAGGACAUCCUUGAAACUAAAAGCAGCCAAAGCAUUGAAGUCAUUGGUGCUCUUGGAGCUAAAGCCAAAACCUAUACUCUCAAUUUGAACUUUGCUGGUAGUACAUCUCUGUUAGUAAUCAUGAGCCACAAAACACACUGAAGUGGUUGUUAAAAUUCCUUACUUUUUUCUUAAUGUAUCACUUUUUCCCUGCUCAAACAGGAUUUUUUUUUUUUUUUUGAGGAAGCUACAUUUCUUGGAAACUUCCUCUACCAGUGUUUAAACAGAAAUCAAAUUACAGGACAAUAAGCCCCUUUUUCAGUGAUAACCAGAAAUUUUAUGGCACUCUUAAAGUUUUUUUUUUUAAUUAAUUCUAAAUCUAAUAUAGGCUAGUCAGCUUUCUAAUCUGACACUAACAAAAAUGUAUUUCAAAACACUAAAUGCUGUUUUGUGAGACUAAAACAAAUGUUUUAUUUCUCCUUCAGCAAAAUAACCAUGUAUUUAAGACCACCUGAAACCUUUUGUGCUGUGACCUCUGGUACUGCUGUUCUGCAGAGCACUUGCUAAAAGCCCUUGAAAGGCCUGCCUGUGUCAGUAUCAUUUCAUCUUCCCUUGUCUGCCAGCUUGCGUGGAAGGUUGGGUGUACAUGUAUUUACAUGUGUCUUAUGCUUUUGUUAUGCAAAAAAUUAAGUGCAAGAGUAAAUUCGUAAGAUUACCUCUUGAAGUUUGGAAUAUUUAAAACUGAUAAAGAAUGCAGAGUCUUUCAUAACAUUUCAGUAUUCCACAGUUCCUUUCUUCUGACAGUAUUUUUCUGUAUCUGGGCACUGUUUUUAAUUAAAAGGCUACAUUGCAGCUUUCUAUAAUUACCCCUUUCUUCAGACCAGUCAUCUUCCUUUUCAUCCCACUGCACCUCAGCACCUUUAAACUCCCUCUUAGAGGGCUAAGGUGUAAUGAAGACUGCUGUCAUGAGGCAGCAGAGAGACUUUCAUUUUUCAGAGGUUGAAGGGGCAUUCCUUUUUUGGAACACAUUCCUCUUGGAAAAAAUAGCAGUUACUUUACUGGGGGAUGAGUUAUCUUCUCUAUGCAAACUUCACAGUGACUGUAGAAACUAGAAGUAAAAGGGGAAGUCUCUGUUGAGCAGUGUGCAUGCUUAUUAGAGCAUUCAAUCCAUCUUCUCAUUUCUGAAGUAUUAUAGGCUACUACCUGGCUACAUAGUUGUCCUGGUCUAGGGCAAAUUUGGGAGGAAACUUCCAAAGGGGUUCUUUUAAAAAGCAAAUUCAAGCAGCCCCUCCCCCUACUGAUUUGGGAAAAGAUUUCAUUGGAGAAAAGUGGAAAAAAAAAACCCUGUUUAUUUAACAGGCAAAGUAUUCACAAGCAUGAAAAAUGAAUAAUAUUAAACACUAAAACCUCUCAGUGUUCUGAAGAGAUGGGAAAUUCAGAAAGUCCUUGUCAUGGGGUGUACCUUGGCUUGCUCAGUCUCUUAUCAGCCUCUCCUAUGCUGCACAGUGCCACCUCCUGGUUCCCAAUAGGCCACAGGUGUGAGCUCCCAGUGUUUUUCUGGGUUUUCAGAAAAAACAGGGCUGAACAGCUCCAAGAAAAGGAAAAGCCACAGUCUGGGGAGCUUUUCUGUCUCAGCCAGCUAAAAGUUAACUAAAAGCAAAGGAGAGCUUCCUCUGCUGUCCGUGCUGCAGACAGCACAGUCUGUGGGAUGGAUGUGGGGAGCAAGGAAGUCCCUGAGAACAAACUCUGUGCUUCUUCUCCCCUUCAGCUCUCAGAAACAUCUUAAAGGUGCAGAACUUAAUACCCAGCAUAAACAGAACAGAUGACUGGGGAUACAAGCAUCAUAAAGUCACGCAGGACAGUAGUCUAAACAGUGCUGCAAAGGUCUGGAUGUUUUCAAAAACAUGUUGAUGAUUUUUUUGAGUAUGUUUUUGUGAUUCAGUAAUACUAACUUUUGAUAGCAUAUGUUAUUUGAGGGAGAAUGUCAGGUAGUCCUUAAGUUGUUACUAGCCUUUCUGUAAAGGGAAAGGAUUUUCUUCUCAGUUGCUGUUAAUCAUGGACCACUCAAACUUAACUGCUGCUUAAGAUAUUCUGAUUCUUAAAAUCUGUGCUGACAAGAGUUCUGGCCUGUCAUUUCUGGCAUCUUUGAUUGUUGUUUAUGGGCCAGUGGUAAUAAACUCAAAGAAUUGAGUGAGUCCUUGAGAAAGUUCUGGCUGGCUGGCAGUGACAUGCUCUCUUUUGAGGUAGAGCAUUUAUCUAGGGCUAAAAUACUAAAGACUAAGCAGGAGCUCCUAAUGGGUGAACAGCUUGUAGAAGCCACAAUACAUAAAAAUUACAGGUAUACAGCUAGUUCAUAAACCUAUGUGCCAAAUACAUUGUGCAGUGUUCAGGGUUUGACAAGAUUUUGUACUUUGGACUGUAAAAAUCUAAGUGUAUCAAACAGUUGCAUAAAGGUUUUUAAGAGUAUCUGCAGUAUAAUUAUAGCAAUCCACUGAAAUUUUCUGAGCUUGGCCCUAAUAUAGUAACUGAAGAAAAAGUUCUCUCCCUCCUCCACCUCCCCAACCCCCUUCACCAAUGGCUAUUGGUGCACAUAACAAAAUAAAGGCAUUAUUAUAGUCACAUUUCAGUAUAGACACUUUCAUGUCCAUCUUGAUUUCCUGGACUGGAAUUUUUCAGGUAUAGGUGGAAGACUAGUUGUAAGGACUGUUAAUUUGGUGGUGGGGAAGGGAGGCUAGUAGAAAUAUAUUAUCAUAUUUGAAAAACUUCUUAAAUGCAGGGUGGCUAAUGCUCCUCUGUUUACAAGAGAAGUGAAUAUAUUACUUUUGUAAUUCUAUUGUGGUGGUUCUGUUAGACCAGGAGAUGAUUGGUAUUGUUUUCUGGAGUGUGUUGGCUCACUUUAAGGGCAGAUAGUCUAGGAAUAUCCUCUCCUGCUGCAGUGAAAAUCUUGGGAUUGCUUCACACAUGCUUUUAUAGAAAAUUAAGCUGUCUGUUACACCUUAUCGUGGCAGUACAAGCACAGCAGAGGAAAAAAAUUUUUAAACUUUGUCCUGGAGAGUUUAUGACAAGUAUGUGUUUGAAUGGUACAGAAGGGUACCAAAAGCUGGAAAAACCUUAGCCCUGGGAGGAUGAGGAAGUUUGCAUGCUAGGGCUGAGUCUCAUUCUUGGGCUCUGGAGAAGUUCUGUAACCUGGGUGGGAGCUUCAGCUUUGUAAAUCAUGAGCGUUGUCAGGUGGUUAAAACAUACAUCAGUAUGCCUGGUAUGUGGGGUCACCACUGCUGAUAAAGUAAUAGUUUAAUUAGAGACAGGUCUCAGAUACACUGAUGUGGAUCUUGGGUAAUGCUGCAAUGGAAUUGACUUCUCAGUGGGAUCUGAAACUCCAAAGACUUCAGAUUGUCAGUAGUCUGCCCCACUCCAGGACAUUUUGCAUUGUAAUUUAUCUGCAUUAAAUGGGACUAAAUACUCUAGUUUAUUUUCCCCAUUAGACAGUGGUUGUAGUUGAGAUUAACUGUUACUUGAGUGCAUUCCUUUACCUGGGUUAAAAAGUCCUUUUGACUGAGACUGUAAGAGUUCCUUAAUCCCCAUAACCUCUUGUCUGUCUGCAAGGAUGGAUACAUAUAGCCAUUUUAAAUUCCAGGAGUUGCUUGUAAUACUGUAAAGGAGAAGUUUAUAUAAAAAUGUUGAGUCUUCUGUCAUGAAACAGCUGUUAGGGAACUGCAGCCAACCCGAAUCUUCAGCUUUGCUUUUGAUCCAGAAAACUGCAGUAAAGUGGAGGUAUAAGUGCAAAAAUCUGGAGGAGGUUGAAAUUAAGUAUCUUGUAUUGGAUUCAUGAAUUUCCAUUUCUCUUCCUUUAAAGUGAAAGCAUCAGUAAAACAAACAAACAAAAAACCCUAAAAAACAUGUGAAUUUGCUUUCACUGUUGUUUCCUUUGUAGGACUUGUGCAAUCUGAGCCAUUUUUGAAAAUAAAAGCAGUGCUGACUUAAUGCGCAAGGAUGCAUUUCUAAGGCCACAGAUAUGAUAAAACAAACCUAAAAAUAACAAUGAAGGGCCAGAUUUCAACAAUUGUCUGCUUCCCUCCCUCUUAACUGUAGUGCAGACAGAGGAUGGGCAGCAAGUACCUCCCAGAAUGCAGCCUUAGCCAGUACUUGUAUUUAUGUGCAAAGACAACCUGAAGGGGAUAUAUGCAAUAAUGUCAUUGCUGCUCUGCAGAAGCACACUUCUGUAACAAUAGAUGAAAAACACUUAUGGCACAACUGUUGACUGAUGGCUGGAAAGCUCCACAUCCACAUCCUCCUGCUCAGACUGAAAUGUCAGCUGUUCUUCUCUGGGGAUCACGGGCGUGGCAGAUGGGCAUUCUCUGCAGUGUGAAACUGUUAACACCUAUCACUUUUCAUCAUCAAAGCACAUUUGUUAAUGGAUCCAGUCAACUUGCCGUGUUUUUUUUAAUACACCAGUUUUGUUUACAGUGUCACAUCUAGCCUGACACUUUGAUACAGCCAGGGAUUGUCUAGUAACCAAUUGCUUUUAUUUGGGGAUAAGAAGUUACUGGUCACCCAGUUUGCUGUGCCAAUAUAUGCAUCUAGGUGAGCGGAGGUGUGGGACACAGGAACAGAUGUACCAACAAGGAAAGUGCCUUGAUGCUGGAUUGGAUGGCUAGUGAAUGUAAACAUUAAGUUAAAUUUUGCUAUGUUCUUAAAGUAAGUAUGGCCAAUUAAGCUAGUGGUAAUUUGAAUGCCAGCUUUAAAGGGCUUGCAUACUCUGGCCAGAGGUUAAACUUGUAAAUUGCUGCAUAAGCUGUCUCUGUAUGGAAAUGUGUUUUAAUACCUGUUCACUGUCUUUAUUCUUUUGCAAGCUGCAUGUGUAUUGUCAUAUAAAAUCUGCUUUCUACAAUUUA